GAGAGAGAGAGAGAGAAUUCUUUAUUGUACACCAAAAAACUAAUAAACAGUGCGAUACAUUAAACAUAAAAAAGUACAGUUGGCUAGUUAGUGUUUCUUCAGAUUUAAAUGUGUAAUAAUUGUGGUUUAUUAACUAUUUAGUAUCUGCGAAAGUGCACAAAUGUGGGAAAAUGAAACAAAGCCACUGAACGUAACUUCUCGGGAUCUUCCAAAAAGUCCACUGAAAAAGUCACAGUUAAUGACUACCAUUUUACUGAAAUUAUACUUCAUCCCAUAUCAUCUCAUCUCAUGUCAUUUCGUUUCGUUUUCAUUUCACUUCAUGCCAUGUUUCAUAAUAAUGAACUUUCUUUUCAUUUCAUAAUAUCAUUUUCAUAUAAAAAAGUUACGUAUCAUUAAAAUUAAAAUAAGGCUUGACCUAAAGGUCUUAGCUACCAGGUCAUAAAAUCACUUAAAAAAAAUAAUAAUGAUAAUACAUACCUGUCACUUAUGUGAAAAUUGUGAAAAAUAAUGCUUUCUGCAAGUCACUAAAAUAAUUUUUUUUAGAAUUUAUUGCUUCUUUAAUUAUCUAUAGGGUCAUAUUAAAAGGCAAUCUCAACAAGAAAUGGAUAACCAGCCAUGCAUAUUUUUGGGUAUAAAAGUGAAACCUGGACCAAUAGAACGUCACAAACUAGAGAAUUUUGGACUCGAGAAUACAGUAGAUUCUCUUAGAACUGAGGCUGAAAAGCGAUCCAACGUACCAUCAUCGUCAUUAGAAUUAAUUCACCACGGAAAAAUCUUAAAAGACAAGGCAACACUUCAAGAAUGUGGAGUCAAGUCUGGUGAAAUGGUGCAUGUUGUGAAAAAGAAGACUACCACUGCCAGUGCAGCACCUCCAACUUACACUGAUGCUGAGCUGCAGCAGUUAAAUGCAUCACUGAGAACUCUUGGAUGUACACCAAAUGCACCAGGUUGGACUAGAGCUAUGCAGCUCUUAAAUGAUGACUCUGUUAUGGCUGAGAUCAUAGAACAGGCCCCAUCACUAGGAGAGGAUUGUGUAGCUCUUUCAAUAUUGCACGAGGUUGAGUUAUUGGCAGCUCUGGGUGCCAAUCUACAAACAAUGAGGCGGGGUGCCACAGCCCAUCCAGAAUUGCCCAUAGCAUUGAGACACCUCACAAAUCUUGUUAGAUCACGCUCUUCAACCGGAUCUACUCCUGGUGAUACUGCACCCACAUCUGGAUUUGCAUAUUCAUUGGAGGCUUUGUCUGAAGAUGAAGAUGGUGAAGAUGAGGAGACUGAUGAAAAUGGUGAAAGAAACCAAAUAACUCAAGAACAGUUAGCAGCAGCAUUGCAGGCGGCCACGGAAGCCGUGUCGACUCCGCGGAGCGGCGGCGGCAGUCACGAGAGCCUGCUGCGGUUGCUGCACGCCGGCGACUCCUCCCGACCGCACUCCUCCACGCAGACCUCAGGCCCCAGUCGCUCGGUUAUCACUCCGGAAAUGUUCAGUGAAGCUAUUUCAGAAGCUAUAAACAGAUCCAGCAAUAGACAAAGUGAUGGAACACCUAUGGAACAAAGUACUGCAGCAUCUUCAUCUCAAAGUCCCGGAGGAAGGGAAGAUAAUUUUACAACACAAUUGAACCAUAUGCAUGAAAUGGGUCUACUGGACGACGCCCUAAAUGUUCGCGCCCUACUAAUAUGCUCCGGUGACGUGAAUGCAGCUAUUAAUUUAGUUUUUAGUGGCGCCAUCGGAGAUGAAUAAUCUUCAAGGGAAACAAUUGUUCUGAAAUAUCUACAUAAUUAAACAUAUAUUGUUCUGGAAAGAUAAACAUUAAUGAAUUGA